AAUGGCAGAUAAGAAAUGAUGUCAGAAUAUACACCAAUGAGGUUUUCAAAUCUACCCCAAAACAUGAUCAGGGUAUGAGAGAUUAGUUGAUCACGACUUUGCGGGGCGACGAUGAUCUUGAAGUGGCGCAAGCUCUGCUCAUUGGAACUACUUUUACUGUCCAGUACUAGUACUACAUUUCCAUCGUUAAUAAAAAGAAUUGCUUUCCCUUUUACAUCAAGAACUGCAUUUCUUACUUGUCCUCCUCGCUUCUAGAUUGCACAUCCCCUCGUUUGCGCAUUACUAUUUCCCCUACUUCUGGAGGCAACCGUAAGAUUACUUACGAUAUGGCCGACCUAAUCAAUGAAAAGCACAUAUCCAUCGAUUCUGAUGAUAUAAAAAAACAGUCACACGACUUGGAACAAAAUAUCACACUAGAUGAAGGGGAAAUAAAAGAUGUUAUGUUCAAGCAUGCCGAUCCAAAUGAUGGUGAUGAGGCACUUAAGGCGUUUGCUAGUGAUGAUGGUGAAAUUAUUGUCAUGACACCAGAGAUGGAGAAGCAAUUGUUAAGGAAAAUCGAUUGGAAUUUGAUGCCAGUAUGUUUUUGUUUCUGCUGCUCUGGUCCAAUAAGUUCUUUUAUUUACCGAUUCACAGAUGCUUUGUGUUGUGUACGGCCUGAACUUUCUCGAUAAGACAACACUUUCAUAUGCUAGUAUUAUGGGUAUGAAGACCUCACUCAAUCUUAAGGGUGAUAACUACCAAUGGUUAGGGUGAGAUUUUUCAACUCACGCCUGGAGAUUCUUCUUUGCUAAUUAUGCAGAUCUAUGUUUUAUAUUGGUUAUUUGGUUUGGGAGUAUCCGACCAAUCGUUUACUGCAAAGACUGCCCCUUGCUAAAUGGUCAUCUUUCAAUAUCAUAGCCUGGGGUGGUACAUUGUGUUGCAUGGCAGCGACAAGCAAUUUUGCAGGUGCCGUGGCUGUCCGCUUCUUCCUUGGAGUCUUUGAAGCUGCAGUCACUCCUGGAUUUGCUCUUUUCACAUCCCAGUGGUAUACGAAAGAAGAGCAAGGUCUGAGGACUGGAAUCUGGUUUAGUUUCAAUGGAUUUGCUCAAAUCUUUGGUGGUGUCGUCUCAUACGGCAUUUCAGUGGGUAUUAAGAAACAUGGAGCAGCGAUUGCUCCGUGGAAGGUUAUAUUUUUGACCAUUGGGCUGUUAACAGUUGCUACUGGGUGCAUAUUUCUUUAUUUCAUGCCAGACAAUCAGUUAAAUGCCAGGUUUCUUACCCCGAAAGAGAGACUUAUGGCAAUUGAGCGGAUCAGAAACAAUCAACAAGGCGUGGGCAAUAAGCAUUUCAAAAUGUACCAAUUGAAAGAAGCUUUGGCUGAUCCAAUCACCUGGGCGUUUGCCUUUUAUGCAUUGAUAGCGGAUAUACCUAACGGUAAGGAAAAUCUGAAUGCUAUUGUUGGCAAUUUUCAACUGACAAUUUCCAGGCGGAAUCUCGAACUUCUUUUCUCAGCUCAUCGUGUCAUUUGGUUACACUCCCGAUCAAUCACUUCUUUACGGAAGCCCUGGUGGUGUUGUUGAAGUUGUAACUCUCAUUGUCUGUGGUUACCUUGGAGAUAAAUACGGCCAUAGGCUCUUGAUAUCUACAUCCGGUCUAUUAAUUUCAAUCCUAGGAAUGAUCCUCAUAGUUGCUCUUCCCUUAUCCAAUAACAGCGGUCGUUUGGCAGGCUAUUACUUAACACAAGCUUCAGCACCACCUUUUACUGCCAUCCUCUCCAUGAUAUCAACUAAUGUCGCAGGCUACACUAAGAAGACAACAGUUGCAGCCCUGUAUUUAAUUGCCUAUUGCAUAGGGAACAUAGUCGGACCCCAGAUAUUCAGACCAGAAGAUGCACCACGAUAUAAGCCAGCAGAAAUAACGAUCAUUGUCUGUUAUGGAGUAGCUCUCAUUGAUGUGGUUUUUAUUGCAUGGUAUUACAAUAAAAUGAACAAGAAAAAUGAAGCGAUUAGAGCCGCUCCAGGAUAUAGAAAGCUAGAUAAGCAAGAGUUUCUCGAUCUUACCGACAAGGAGAAUCAGGAGUUUGUGUAUGCUCUAUAGUUUUGUGAGCUAUAUGCUCUCAAAUUCAUUCAGCAGACAUAUAAUUUCAGUUACCCUUACAUCUCAUCUUUCCUUUGCUCAAGAUAUUCGGGGAUGAAUCGGAAUAUAAGGAUAAAUAUAUGCCGAAAUUCGACAAGGAAAGACAGGGUACCAACGUGCGAGGAAAGGGCUAAAAGAAAGCUGCGAAGUGGUGAAACCCCAACACAUCAAGGUCACUGCUCGUAUAUGGAAAUUUAAAGAGUUGGACAAGACACGAACAAUAUCCAUAUACACUACUAAUGUGUCAUACCGGCUAAGACUCGGGUGAUGUCGAGCUCUUCGCAGAUAUCAUUACAUCUAAAGCUACACGAUAGUCACGGGAGCAACGAUUCUUGGUUAUUGUUGGAAGAGUUGGGUAACAUUAGAUAACAUCGACGAAUCAGCAUCACGAGAAUAUGGCAGCCUACAACCUCACACGAUAAGAUAGGAUUUACGAACAUUAGAUUAGAUUUCUCUAAAGCUUGCAUAAGUGUGAGUAGUAGUGACUAUGAGAGUCAUUAGAUCGUUACAAAAGCAACUCGUCGUCAAUUUUCCAUCUGAGCGUUGGGUAGGUCUUCAAUAUCAUGCGGCUUGUGGGAUUGUGUCAUGACUAAAUGAGAAGGAAGACAUUCGCAUAUUGAGGACACCAAGUUGGAUCGGAUGAUUGGGAGAGUUUUGAAAGAAAAGAGCAGGACCUUGAAGAGUUCUAACGCAAAAGCUUUGCUUAAGCUUGUUCACUACAGCUCCUAGGACAUACAAAAAUGGAACGUCGAGACUAUAGCAUGAUCGAAUUUCAGGGCCUAAUUUACAUGAAAUGAAGUCUCAGAUUUCCUGAUUGAUCGGAUCCAAAUCCAAUCCAUAAAACAGCGUGGAAGGUGGAGAGAUGAAUGAUUGUUCUGAUAUCCAUUACUUCCUCUUUCUUGGAAUUAUGACUAUCACACAAUAUGUUUAUGCAAUACCAAGCGCCAGG